AUGGCUUCAUCUGCGAUAUACUCAUCCCACCAUUGCUUCCUGCGGCCUAUUUCAUCAGACAACAACAUCCAGGCAGACCUUGUCCUCCGGGAUCAUCAUGAUAUUGUCGAUGGCAUUGGCACACUGCACUUCUGGGACCGUCUCUUUGACUACGCAUCGCAGGCCUACGACCAAGGGGCAAGUUAUCAGCUACCACGACUCGGCCAUGAAUGGAGGAAUCUGAGCCCACCGCUACGAGUCGCUGCGGCCAUUCCAGAGACACUUACUAGCGAGCAGACUGCCAGAAUUGAGCGUGCCGAGCCACAAACUCAGCACUUCGCGAGAAUGUCGAGGUCGCCACCGUGCCGUUGCAGUCUAACGCGACACUCCCGGGAAAACACCAGCCAAAUCAAAACAUUCUACACAGAAAUACGCGAGGACACAGAACACAUCGCCCUAACACCCGCCUACUGGACCCUAGGCACGCUCCCCUACGACCCGGCCCUGACACCCGUUCCCAGGCCGAACCCUACACCAUCCGCAUCCAUUUCGAGCAUGGGCGUCGUGGUCAAAAUUAUCCAGCCCCGUCGGUCCAUUUUCGAGCUGGAUGAUCCGUGGGUCACUGGUGAAGAAUUGGGGACUGGUCUUGGACUCUUUCUUGGGACGUUCAAGGGAGAACUAUCUUUUAGUGUAGCGUAUAAUGAUGCCAGGCAUAAUAUUGAGGAGGCUAGGGGAAUUUGA